GAUUACUUCAGCAGCAGCCAGCACAGAUCAAAUCGUCACUGCUGUAGUGCCAUUGCCUUCAGUUACACAGAAAUCAGGGCUUAAAUUCAGAGUUUGUGUUAGCAGUCAUUAUCUUUAAAUUCUAUGUCUGUAAAUUGUUUUGUAAAAUGGUUAAUUUUCUUUUUCCUCUUUCAUCACUUAUCCCCUCAGCACAACAUUACACAUAGAUGCGCAGCCUUAAUUGGUUUAGUUGCAAGAAGAUAAUGUUUUUUUCCCCCGUUCUCACUGUUGCCUGUUAGCUUGAAGGCUUUUUAGCUGAAGGUUGAUAAUUAUCACUGAGAAGAAACUAGCACAUCAGGAGUUCAUUUUCCAUCUUAGCACUUGUGGUGCUCCUUUGAACUCCUCUCGCCAAACCCACGUUCCCACUCUGUCACUUGGCUCCCUCCAUCAUAAAAAGGUCUCGGCAGCCGGCGGCUCCAGCCUUUGCUGGCGGACAGAGGGCAUUGCUUCUCCCCACCACUCCUCCAGCAUGGACAAAUUGCACGAGACGUUGAUAAACAUGGAAGACGCUUUGGGUUCGGAGCACUCCGUCUGCUUAUCCUCCUGGGACUGGAAAAGCACCGCCGGGACUUUUGAGCUGCACCCCGUUUCAUCUCCACACAGCUUGUCCCCGACACCUUCCUUCGAAUCCUACUCCUCGUCCCCUUGCCCGGCGAUGGUGGAGACCCCAUACAGCAACGGCAGCAGCGUGGUGGGCUAUGGCCUGGUGGACUUUCCUCCAGCCUACUUGCCCAGCCCCGGGCAGGCCCGGCUGCCCAAGGGCACCAAAGUGCGGAUGUCUGCCCAACGCAGGAGGAAAGCCAGCGAGAGGGAGAAGCUGCGGAUGAGGACCCUGGCCGAUGCCCUCCACACGCUGCGCAACUACCUGCCCCCCGUCUACAGCCAGAGGGGACAGCCCCUCACCAAAAUACAAACCCUGAAGUACACCAUCAAGUACAUCACCGAACUGACGGAGCUCCUCAACAGCGUCAAGCGGGUGUAGAACCACCCGGAGCACCCGCCCCAGCACGCUCAGGGUCUUUACAAGCGAAAAAACCAGCAAAACUUCUUCCUCGCCAGAGUACGGUGGUGUGGGAUGCGAGAGGAGAACAGAGCGAGAACCACCGUUGUACAUAGGACGCAAUGCUGGAAGGUGAUGUAGGAUUGCAUAAAAUCCCGAGCU